ACAACAAUUUGCAAAAUUCGCGUAUCGCGAUGGUCCGCCGAUCAAAAUUUCGUUUUAAUUCAAUUAAAUUUCGUCAAACGGUUAUCGCUACGUAAUUGUUUAUCAUAAUGUACAUUUAAUGUGCUGCUGCACAUUUUGCGUUAAACCGAUUAUUUUUAUUUUCUGUUCUUUUACUAUUCCUUUUACAAAAUAACACCAACAAAAUGAUGCAACAGUACAUAAAAGAAAUGGAACAGGAUCCAUACGAUCCUGAUGAAUUUGUAGAACGUCUAGCUUAUCGUGUGUAUGGAAACAGUGCUGACAGUGAUAAUGCAGUAGUAGACGAUGUUCAGGAUACAUUUGUUCAAGCAAUUAAAGACUUGAAGUUUUUACAAGAACGUCAGAAAAGAAAAUGUGAAAAAUUAGAACAAGUUUGUAGAGAAAAAGAAGCUUUGUAUUCAGUACAAAUUCAAAAUCUUCAAGAACAAAAUAAGACUGGAAUAUCAAUUUUUCAAAAUUUAGAUGAACGAAUAAAUUAUGUAGCCACGAAAGUUAUUCAUGUUGGAGAUCAACUAGAAUCAAUUAAUACACCACGUUCAAGAGCUGUACAAGUUCAUAAACUUAUUGGAUAUUUAGAAGAGUUUAUGUCUGCCGGUCCACUAUCCAUUGAUAUUUUUAAUGAUCCAACAAAGAUUGAUGAUGCAGCUGAUGUGAUCCAAAAAUUAUUUCCUAUAGCUCAAGAGCUUCCUCCAGGCAAAUUUGAGGAAGCCAAAAUGAAAAUAAUUAAAAAAUAUGAUGAAAUUGAGCGUAUGUUAAUUGAAGAAUUUAUUAAAAACCACUCCCGAAAAAAUGUGGUGCGAAUGAAUGAAAUUGCAGCAAUAUUAACUCAUUUCAAAGGUUAUUCUCAAUGUGUGGAUGCAUUUAUUGAAUACAGCCAAGCGAACUCACUUUCAGGAAAAAAUCUGUUUGCUGAUAUUAUUCCUGUCUGUGAAAACAACCUGAAAAUUAUUGAAGCUGUAUUUACUAAUCCUGAUCAAGUUAUGGCCAAAUUUAUUUUAAAUAUUUAUCAACUAAAAUUGCAAAACCAUAUAAUUACAGUAUUAUCUGAAGUUAAAGAUACAGCAAACUAUUUAGAAAAGCUAUCUCAGUUGUACAAACAAACAUCAAUAUUAUCUAAAAAUCUUUCACGCUUAAAUAUGGGAAACGAUGAUAUGUUCCUAAAUAAAAUGCAAAAGAAUAUAUUUCAAAAAUAUCUGGAUUCAUACUUCAUUUCUGAACUGAAAAAUCUUAAAGAAAAAUGUUUAAUCAUUUUACAAAGAUUUUAUGAAUCUAAAGGACACCAGAAAAAACAAAUUCAAGCUGGCGGAUUUCAAGAACUGCGCAGAGAUUUACAAACAGUCAUUAGUACCCGUACAAAUUUUAAUAUAAUGCAUAUUGAAGAUUAUGGUGGUGAAACAUUUUUAUCAGAAUAUGUGGCUACUUCUCUUAUUCAAGAAUUUAAUCAAGCAUUGGAUAGGUGUUGUACGUUAUCUUCAUCAUCUGAUAUCCCUUCAAAUAGUUAUCAAAUUUUUGAAAUCUUAACAUCUUACUUGAUUGAAGAUUAUGUUGAUUAUGGCUUAGAAUUAGCUGUACAGUCUGUACCUAUCCCAGAAGCGAAGACUCAUGAUCCACCAAAUGUUUACUUUUUUGAAGUCAUAAAACAAGUCAAUGCAAUCAUUUUGUUAUUUGAAAACCAGCUAUCAGAUACUUUAGUCCCUUUAAUUAUUACAACUCCUAAAUAUUCGCAAUGCAUUAGCUUUAAGAAAAAGAAAUUGGAACAAAUAGAAUCAAAAAUUGAUUUUGGUCUGGAUAGAUCUUUAAAUGCUAUCACUGGUUGGAUAAAGAUUUGUCUAUCUUCUGAACAAAAAAAGUCAGAUUUUAAACCAGAGACAGAUGUAGACACAAUGACAUCAGUAGCUUGUAGAUCUGUUGUUCAGUAUUUGAGUAGUAGCAUAAAACACAUACGUCAAUGUUUGGAUGCCAAAAAUGCUGAUCUUGUUUUAGCAGAACUCGGUAUCAGAUUCCAUCGUAUUAUUUAUGAACAUUUGUUACAAUAUACUUAUAACUCUGCUGGUGCCAUGUGUGCAAUAUGUGAUAUGAAUGAAUAUAGAAGAUGCGUUAAAGAUUUAGGUUCACCAUUAGUGAUUGAUUUAUUUGAUACUUUACACGCUCUAUGUAAUUUGCUACUUGUAAAACACGAGAACUUAAAACAAGUGUGUUAUGGUGAAACAUUGGUGGGUUUGGAUCAUUCAAUAUUGAGCAAUUUUAUUCAACUUCGUACAGAUUUUAAAUCUCAAAAGUUGGCUGCAUUAUUAAAAAAUUUAACAUCUAGAUGAUGCAUAACAACUAAUCGUCAUAGUGCAUAACUCCAUUUUUAUGAAGUUACUUACACUAAAUGUAUUGACUGAAUGAAAGUAAUUUUGUGUUAAUAUAUUAUUAAGUACAAUUUAUUUUGUUACUAUGUUAAAACGUUUUAAAUUUUUAUAUAAAUGUAAUAUAAUAUACCUACAUAAAUUAAUUUAUUAUUGGAUAGUGGUUCAUCGGAUUAAAUUUUCAAUGAAAUCUCAUUUAAAAUUGUAAUACAAAAUGUUUUUGAGGUAUAUGUAAAUUUUAAUAUAUCCGUUGAGCAAUAAUAACAUGUAUCAUAUUAUUAUGUGCGUUCAUUAGUAUUUACUAUUUACUAUAGUGCCAUUUAUAUUAUACUACAUAUUUUUCAUUUAAUAUUUUUAAUGUUUUUGUACGAUUAAACAUGUUAAUUAUUUAUACAAAUUACUUUGAAUAUGAAUCUUUAAAUGUUUUAUUAACCAGGUACAUUUAAUGCCAAAUAAAUGUUUUAUGUAACUAAUAAAACACAUACCAAUUGUAUACACCAACUAACAAAUAAUAUGUAAUUACAGCAUUAUAAUAAAUUAUUGCACACUA